CCGCCCAGCAGCUCCGCGUUUGUCGGCGCGCUGACGUCCGACGCUCCAGGUACUUUCCCCACGAUCGGCUAGGCCAGCGUGGGGGUGGGGCGGGGCGCGGAGCGCGCAUGCGUCGCAGCGGCAGCGCUCUCCCCGGAUGGUGCGGGGCCUGAGCUUCUCCGCCGGCCCUGGCUCCGCUCGCCCCAGCUUGCUCCCGCCGCCAUGUCUGCCACCAUCGAGCGGGAGUUUGAAGAGCUGGAUGCUCAGAAUCGCUGGCAGCAGCUAUACUUGGAAAUUCGCAAUGAGUCCCAUGACUAUCCUCACAGAGUGGCCAAGUUUCCAGAAAACAGAAAUCGAAACAGAUACAGAGAUGUAAGCCCAUAUGAUCACAGUCGCGUUAAGUUGCAAAAUGCUGAAAAUGAUUAUAUUAAUGCCAGCUUAGUUGACAUAGAAGAGGCACGAAGGAGUUACAUCUUAACACAGGGACCACUUCCUAAUACAGGUUGUCAUUUCUGGCUUAUGGUUUGGCAGCAAAAGACCAAAGCAGUUGUCAUGCUAAACCGAGUUGUGGAGAAAGAGUCGGUCAAAUGCGCACAGUACUGGCCAACAAAAGAUGACCGGGAGAUGCUGUUUAAAGAAACAGGAUUCAUUGUAAAGUUCUUGUCAGAAGAUGUGAAGUCUUACUACACAGUCCAUCUACUGCAAUUAGAAAAUAUCAAUAGUGGUGAAGCCAGAACCAUCUCUCACUUCCAUUACACUACCUGGCCAGAUUUUGGAGUCCCUGAGUCACCAGCUUCAUUUCUCAAUUUCUUAUUUAAAGUGAGAGAAUCUGGCUCCCUGAAUCCUGAGCACGGGCCUGCGGUGAUCCACUGUAGUGCAGGCAUUGGGCGGUCAGGCACGUUUUCCCUAGUAGAUACCUCUCUUGUUCUGAUGGAAAAGGGAGAUGAAAUUAAUAUUAAACAACUAUUACUGAAUAUGAGAAAGUACCGAAUGGGACUUAUUCAGACACCAGAUCAACUCAGAUUUUCGUAUAUGACUAUUAUAGAAGGAGCAAAAUUCAUAAAGGGAGGUCCAAGUAUACAGAAAAUGUGGAAAGAACUGUCUAAAGAAGACUUACAUCCUGCUUUUGAUCACUCACCAGCCAGAAUAAUAACUGAAAAGUACAAUGGCAGCAGGGUAAGCCUAGAAGAAGGAAAGACGACAGGUGACAGACAUACAGGAUUAUCCUCUAGAACUCAAGAUCCUGUGGAGGAGAAAACAGAAAGUGUUCUGCGGAAGCGUAUCCGAGAGGACAGAAAAGCUAUCACGGCUCAGAGAGUGCAGCAGAUGAAGCAGAGGCUAAAUGAGACUGAACGAAAAAGAAAAAGGUGGUUAUAUUGGCAGCCUAUUCUCACUAAGACGGGGUUUGUAUUGGUCAUUUUGAUUGGCACUUUGGUUGGCUGGACACUGUUUUUUCGGCAAAGUAUCCUAUAAAUAAAUUAUUUUGCCCAGCAAACUCCUGCACUGGUAGCUGACAGUUGCAUUUAUCACAAAGGGUCAUCUGUUAGCAAACUCUUCAUUCCCAGAGAUAUGGUGCAGUAAAAUAGACACCAACCAGAUAAAUAUUUUCAGUCCUCAGCCUAAGAUCUCAGGACACUGGCCCCAAAUUGUAAAUGCGAUCUAAAAUAAAGACUUUGAUGCUUGUGAAAAACUGGUAACGUUUUGCAGCUGUAUUCAUACAUGUUAAAUGUAAUGUUUCAUCUGAACAGACUGAGAAAUCCUUUGUCACAAGGAUUUAUAUUUGGAGGCUAUCUGGAUUUUUACCGGCACUUGAUAAAAGCAAUAAAUAUUGUGGUUUAAUCUACCUUAUUACUGGAGAGAAAACGAUCUUUAAUGUGUGUAACGUAUUAUGUACUAUUGACUUGGGCAUCAAUAUUUUAUAUCCUUAACCAUUUCAGGGUAAAUAUAUUUUAUAUCUAUUUAAUCUUAAUUUUGUAGUUAAAUGUACUUUUUAAAACUCAAUUUGAAAAACAUCUGUUACCAUUAAAACAAUAAAUUGUGUAUUGAUUCAAUUGUACUGGAUACGUUUUCUUAAAGAGAAGUUUGAUAUGAGCAGGUAAAAUGCUUUUAAAAAAACCAGUUUUUUAUCUAUAUUUGCAUUUCUUUAUGUUUUACAGUUUUCCUAAUUAAAAAAAACUUUUUUUUUUCCCUCCCUGAACUUAUCUGAAGGGAAAUUCUCCUUACUGGCAAAGUCAAGGACUACCUGGUCAAAACUUUGUAAAGAAGUUGGUUUCUGUAACGCCCAUUAUUAAUACUGUUUAUAUUUCAUGAAAAAUUCAGUUGUGACUGCCCUACUUUCCAAUUGGGGCAAAUCAUCAUUUGGGAAAUAAGUAGCAGUUGGUGACCCAUGAUUUUAGUUUGCUAGGCUGAAGUUUUGAAAUCAUUUAUUUUUUCAAGUUCUUCCUACUUCAAUAAAUGGUAUGAUGUUGUACGAA